AUGAGUGCAACAACAGCAACAAUACCAAGUAGAUAUGCUGAAGUAAUAACAACAACAACUAAUGACUCAGUGGAAUUGGCAGCAAAGCAGUCGACGCCAUGGACAUCGAAAUGGACAACGCUGUGGUCGCCGAUCCUUUCGACGAAAAUCGGCACAGCUACGACACUAACAGCAACAGCAACAGCAGCAAUGUCUACAACGAUGAAUUUACAAUCAAAGCAACGCCUUGACAGCAGCGGCAGCAUUUGCCGACAGCAACGUCAUGAGGACCAUAACAAAAAUAAAAGCAACCCUUUUGUGCAACGAACUUCAAGUCGAAAUCAAAGGCAAACACAAAUGUCAUGGCAACGACAUCUCCAACUACAUCAACUACAGCAACAACAGCAACAGUUCAACCAACCACGUGCUAUCUACAUGCCUCCACAACAUCAUUGCCAGCACUAUCUAUGGCAACAACUACAACAUUGUACAUCAAAAGACGCUGCAUCCUGGUCCGCCCGCUUCCGUGCUAUGCUAAAGCAACAACAACAACAACAGCAACGGCAAUGGAUGCGCUUUUGCCUUGUGCUCGUCAUUUGCCUGUCACUGCCCUCUGCAACGAAUACAAAACCUCAGACCUCAGCAACAUCAGCAUCAGCAGCAGCAACAACUGCAACUGCAAACAUCAUCAUAGAAACAACAAAAACAUCAACAGAUGCAUUAGCAACACCAACAACGUCAAAGUCAACACCCUCAACCGACUUAACGAUGAAGCCGCCAGCAAUGCGAUGUGAUGACAACAUCGCAACCAGCAAUGCCAGCAAAUUCACCCACGCCACCAACAUCGCGAUCGAAAACGUCAUCAUUCCUUCAACCACGGCUAGCAUAAAUUCAAAAACGCCAUCAAAUGCCGCAAUAGGGACGACUGUGAGUGCGGCAGAGAACGCGUCGGGUGCGUUGACAGUGUCAACAACAUUGCCAACGGCAUUACGAACACUCACAUCCGCAUUGCUGUCAUCGUCAGAAACAACACAGUCAUUCACAGCUACAACAACAACGUUGGCGAAUGCAACGGAAACUAAGAGGAGCAGUUGGGGCACGAGAAGUGUAGAAUCGGUGAGUUAUGCGCACUUGGUAAAUGAAUUGCUGCACGAAGUAGCAACAACGACAACAACACCGACAUCGACAGGUCAGAAUCACUACAGCAACAACGAGAUUCUCAAUAGUGCGCUCAGUGGGAGCAACAACACUUUGUUUAGCAAACGUCAACGCAAUAAAGAGAGCAAAGUCGCCAACAACAACAACAACUACAAUAGAAGCCAAAACUUUAUUAGUGCGCGACGUUACCGCGUCAUCCGCUCGCUCAGUAAUGGCAGCGUCGGUAGUGGUGAUGCAGGCGACAAUGGCAGCGUCGGAAGUAGUUUUGGUGGCUUCAGCAAAGGCGGUGGCAGUGGCCUAAGUACGAGCGUCAAUGGUGGUGCUGCUGGCCUACUGAAUUCGAAUGAUGGCGAAAACAAUAGUCAUAAUAGCAUUGAAUGUCCCAGUUUCGAUGAGAAUUCGGCGUGCCCCUGCUACAAAUUCGAAGAUGGCUUAUUCCUCGAGUGUCCCGGCACGACAGCCAUGUCGUUGCGCAGCACAUUGGAACGCAUCUCAUCACCAAUACAUUCAUUAUCCAUUUAUGACUUCGAUCGUUCGGUCACGUCUCUCUCGCAGGACGUCUUUCAACCAGGUGUCAAUAUAAGGCAUUUGCAAUUUUCACACUCACACCUAGAGACGCUAAAGGAUAACAGUUUGCGGCAUGUACGUGCAUCGUUGGAGUCGUUGAGCAUUGUUAAUGGAAAAUUAACACAGAUUCCAUCGCGUGCGCUCAACACCAUGCAAAAAUUGAGUGCACUCGAUUUCGACUACAAUGAAAUUGUACGCAUCGAAGAUUACAGCUUUUAUGGCUUGCGCUUAUCGAAACUGAACAUGAAAGGCAAUCAGCUGCAAACGAUACCCGAGCAUGCGUUUGCUGGCCUCGAGGAAUCCAUACAGGAGAUCGAUUUGUCAGAGAAUGCACUGCGUACUUUUCCGCUGCUGGCGUUGCGAAAGCUCGAUUACUUGCGCACACUGCGCCUAUCCAAUAACAAAAUAUCCACAUUUUACGGUGACAUAACGCUAGCGACAAACAACGCUUCAGCAGCGGCGACAGUGCUGCGUCUGCCUUCGUUGGUCUUCUUGGACUUGAGCUCGAAUCAAUUCACGGAAAUCGUAAACGAUUGCUUUAGCGCUUUUCCCCAAUUGAAGACACUUUCUUUGUAUGCCAAUCAAAUUGCGCUCGUACAGUCGGAUGCGUUCAAAAGCUUAAAGGAAUUGAUGUCACUCGAUAUGUCGCACAAUCGCAUCAUUUCGUUGGAUGCUAAGAUUUUCGAUAAGAACAAACGCUUGCAGACAGUGGAUUUGAGUCACAAUCACGUGCACUCAAUCAGUGGCGUGUUCUCCAAUUUGCCACAGUUGCGCGAAGUCUUCCUUUCGGAAAACAAUAUACUCGAGCUGCCCGCGGAUGCGUUUACAAAUUCGUCCAAUGUGGACGUCAUCUACUUGGAAUCGAAUGCGAUAGCGCACAUCGAUCCGAAUGUGUUUAGUACGCUGGUGAAUCUGGAUCAUUUGUAUUUGCGUUCUAAUUUCAUACCAUUAGUGCCUGUAACGCUUUUUGACAAGUGUCAGAAACUCACCUCUCUAUCGCUGGACAACAACGAAAUACAAGAUCUCGAAAUCGGCAUGUUUCGUAAACUGGAAUUCUUGCGUGAAGUGCGGCUGCAUAAUAAUCGCAUACGGCGCAUACGUAAAGGAGUUUUCGAGCCGUUACCGGCGUUACAGGAACUGCACGUGCAGAAGAACAAUAUUGAGGACAUCGAGCCGGGUGCCUUUCAGAGUCUUGCCAAUUUGCAGCACAUUAACUUACAGGACAACCAAUUGACUGUGCUGGAGGAUAUUUUUCCAAAUGACAAGGCAAAUUCGUCGCUACUCUCCAUACAACUCGAGGCAAACUAUUUGCACAAAAUCCACGCGAAAACGUUUCGCAAGCAAGAACGUAUACAAAUUAUGUGGUUGCGGGACAACCAGCUCACCAGAGUGGACAAAUCCAUGUUUCUGGAUCUGCAGCUGCUGGGACGUUUGUACCUCAGCAACAAUCAGAUACGCGACAUUGAUAAGGAAACAUUCAGCACGCUGAAACACUUGAAAUUUUUGGAUCUAAGCGGCAAUCGGCUGAAACAUGUGCGACGUGAAUAUUUUGCGCCACUGGUGAGUUUGGAAGAGCUCAGUCUCUCGCAGAACUGUAUUGAAGCGCUUGAAAGCUAUUCCUUCAAUAAAUUGAAGAAUUUGCGGGUGCUCGAUCUUUCACACAAUCCAUUGGUGCAGCUGACGAAGGAUAUUUUUAUGGAUGAGCUGCCGUUGACGUAUCUGAAUCUGCGCAACACAUCGCUGCGAAAAAUUGAGCUGCACACCUUCAAGUCACUGCAAAAUCUGAAUGAACUUAAUUUCGAGGACAAUCAGUUAAACCCGGCAGACAUACAAAAGUUGGAAGUACCCAGUCUGCGUAGUCUCUUUCUGUCAGACAACGACUUCAGUCAAGCCCGCGUGGGCGGCAUAAUGGCUGACAUGUUUGAUAAGAUGCGUUCAUUGCAGUUGCUUACGCUGGCUAACUGCAGUCUCGAAAGUAUACCUGAUCAAAUAUUUACUAAGAAUACGAAUCUGGUUAAGCUGGAUCUUUCCGAUAAUAGGCUGACGGUGAUGAACCGUAACAUCUUUAGUGGACUCAAUGUAUUUAAAGAAUUGAAGCUGUGCCACAAUCAGCUGUCCGAGUUCCCGCACAUUGCGCUUUACAAUUUGAGCACGCUAGAGACAUUAGACUUGUCGCGCAACCAGCUAAGCUCCAUUGACUUCUUCAAGCUAAGUGGCACUUUGAAUUUGCGUCAACUCAAUUUACACGAGAACAAAAUCACCUCAUUGAGCGGCUUUAAUGCGGUGAAUCUUACACAACUGGACAAUAUUGACCUUAGCGGGAAUCUGUUGCUAUCCUUGCCCGCGAAUUUUCUUAGACAUUCAAUCAACUUACAACGCGUUGACUUGUCCAGCAAUCGCUUCUUGCAGCUUCCCAGCUCCGCGCUAUCAGACAUCUCCAUUCCACGUCUUUCUUGGCUCAACCUCACAGGCAAUCCAAUAAAUAAAAUUUACACAGUAAAAGAGGAACGUUAUCCGUACCUGAAGGAGUUGUACAUCUGUCAAACGAAUUUAUCGAUACUCACUUCAAAGGACUUUGAAGCUUUUCAGGCGCUCCAGCACCUACAUUUGGUCAAUAAUCGCAUCACUCGCAUCUCACCCGGCGCCUUUAAGUCACUUAAGAAUCUGCUGACGUUGGAUCUCAGCGUAAACGAGUUGGAAUUGCUGCCGAAGGAACGGCUGCAGGGUUUGAAAUUGCUACGCUUUUUGAAUAUUUCACAUAAUACGCUUAAGGAUUUGGAGGAGUUCAGUAGUGAUUUGGCGCAAUUGCAGACAUUCGAUUUGUCGUUCAAUCAAUUGGAUCGUAUUUCGAAGAAAACUUUCCGGAACUUGCAUGGGCUAGUGGAGCUCUAUUUGAUGGGUAAUCGCAUGACCGUUUUGUCGAAUGAUGCCUUUCGCUACUUGAGGAAGUUGCAUGUGCUUGAUCUGCGGAAGAACUACUUUGAGCUGGUGCCGAUUGAAGCACUCAAGCCGUUGGAGACUAACAUUAAAACGCUGAAGUUGGAAGAAAAUCCACUGCAUUGCAGUUGUGAUGCGCAAAAACUUUGGGAAUGGCUGCGUGAUCAUCGAAAAUGGUCGCAAGCUGGUGGUGAAAAUAUUAAUUACUUGAGGUGCGAACAUCCAGCUGAAUUGCGCGGCAAAGUGUUUGCGAAAAUGGAGCCACAACAAUUCUGCGAUGCGCCGUUGAUACCGAAAAUUGCGAUACAGGACAUUCAACCAUAUUCGGUGGUCGUUUCGUGGUUGAGUCGUGAACAUUUGGGUUUAAGUGGUUAUGAAAUUGUAUACUAUGCGACCACCGAUGGCGUGGAUUAUGAUGAGAUGCGUGGCAAGCGGCUCAAUGGCUCCGCCAACUCGGCCAAAUUAACGAAGCUGAACGCCAAUACACGUUACCACAUUUGCGUUAUUGGCACCGGUAAUUGGUUGUCCGAGCCUGUGGCAAAUGCCCUGCAGCGAAUACACUUUAACGACUCAUUUCUAAUGUUAGGCGAUGAGGCAGCCUCAAGUGGAGGCAGCAAUGGCAACAAUUUCAUUGCCGGCAAUCAGCAGCAACACUACUACAACGAGCAAAGGCAACAGCAGCAACAACAACAAAAGGAAUAUUACGAGCAAUAUUUUCAAACGUAUCAACAACACCAAGACCACCAGCAAUUAUUCACGCAAGCCGAACCGCAACAACAACAAGCGCUAAUCGAGAACACAGUCGCUACGGACAAUGCACUGCGGGAUGUGCUGAAAAAUUCUCACAUUACCACUUGUACAGACGUGCAAACACUUGACUCCACCCCAAGUCUAGCCACCGACGAGAAUGGCCUAUCGAGCAAUGGCUUCAUCCACUCCAUACUGACACGGCGCCUGGGUCUAAUUGUGGGCUGCUGCCUGGGCAUCAUUGUGUUCAUUGUCAUGAUUUCGGUGUUGAGUUAUGUGAAAUUGAAGAAGCAGCGCAUCGAGAAUGCCAAAAGACAGGCCUCCAUGCCGCCUGAAUACAUCUCAUAUCGACAUUUUUCCAUACCCAAUGAAGAGCUGGUGCGCGCAUCAGUGGCCGGAGGCGCCACCACAACAAUUUCGAGUGUCCCAAGCGGCAUAAGCGCGCACAUCAGUGGCACCAGCCUCAGCACCACGGCGACAGCCACAACAGCAACUACGCCACUUGGUGGCAAUGGAAACGAGGCUAAGGGUGGAGGCACAGCCGCGGUGACAUCCGCCACCAAUACGCUGAGGAAGAAUGAAGUCAACGCCAAUUUAAACGCCAGUGGAGUGAGUACGGGUAUUGGUGUGGGGAUUGUCGCUGCCGAAGGCAAUGGCUUGGUGAAUUUGACCUCACCAACCACAAAAGCAACGUGCAAUGAUGUCGUCGGCGGCACAACAACAGCGAUGACCGUAGCGACAGCAAUGGAAUCAACAUCGACAGCGAACAACCACAAUCACCAUGCGCAACAUCAUCAACGUCAGCAACUGCGGCUACAGCAAACACGCCAGCAGCAUCAGGGCAAUCACCAUCAUCAUAUUGGUGGCAACGGUGGUGUGGGCUACAUGUCGUCUGGCGUUGUUUUGGGCGCGAACCACUUGAAUGCCUGUUAGUUGCGAUACCACGGCUCACUGCAAUCGUUUUUGCGCAACUUUCUGUAGGCCAUAAAAUUAUUUUUAAGAUCUACUCGUAUACAAUCGUACAUACAUACACACGUAGCUAUAGGAGCAGAAACCUUAGGCUAAUACAUAUAAUAAGCAUAAUUGUAAAUACGGUAGCGUAGAGGGAAUUUGUUAAUGAAGAGAAAGCCAUGCAAGUGGCGAGCCAUCAAAGACGAUAAAAAGUUAAAAACUUAAGAAGCAGUCAGCUGAUGCGGUGCAUUGGAGU